UUGUAUUAACAUUGAGAUUACAGAAAACUGUAACUGAUCUUUAAAGACGACUGUGAGUAUGGCUCAGAAGUCAAAACAGAUUGUGACUGUCUGUGCCACUUAUGAAUGUGAUACAUCUUUCCCUUUUGCACACUACUCAUCAUCUUCCCCAUGGUCAUGGCUCCAUUGUUGCUCCUUUUCCUUACCUUGAAUCUGGUGUCUUCUUCAUACGAUGGACCGCUCUACGAUUCAACAGCUUAUACCGAGUGCAAAUCCCAACCUGAGAAUGCACUUUACGGUGGAGGGCUGCUCAAGGAUCGACACCCCGUUUUCGAGAAGGAUCUGUUGCUGUUUAAGUUGGAAAACCUCACUCAGGGCUACAAAUAUUGUUUUUCCAUUUGGAUCAAGAUGGAAUCUGCAACCGCGGCCUCGGCUCUUGUAAGGGCGAGCAUCGUGACCGAAGAAACUUCGAUCGAUUGCAUUGGAACUGUUAUUGCAAAGCAGGGCUGUUGGUCUUUUCUCAAGGGUGGAUUCGUGCUGUCUUCGCCGUCGAAUUCUUCAACACUUCGAAUACAGAAUGUCGACAUAGCAGUCGCAGGUGCUUCGCUGCAGCCUUUCAGCGACGAGCAAUGGAGAUUGAAUCAAGAAGCAAAGAUUAACGAAGUAAGAAAGCGCGCUGUAAUGAUCCAUGUUUCAAACAAACACGGAGUGCCGUUACAAAAUGCUGAGGUAAGAAUCGAACAAGUGUCGAGAGAGUUCCCAUUCGGAUCCGCCAUAGCCGAGAGCAUCAUCGGCAAUGCAGCCUACCAGAAAUGGUUCGUCGAGCGAUUCAACGUGGCCGUGUUCGAGAACGAACUCAAAUGGAAUGCGACCGAGUUCUUGCAAGGCGAGGUGAACUACACGGUGGCGGACAGGAUGCUCGAAUUCGUUCGAGCAAACCAGAUAAUGGCACGCGGACACAACAUAUUCUGGGAGGAUCCGAAAUUCGUGCCGCGAUGGGUGUCGAAGCUGUCCCGAGCUGAGCUGGAAUCGGCGGUGGCGUCGAGAAUCGACGGCCUGAUGAGCAAAUACAGAGAGCAGUUCAUCCACUGGGACGUGAACAACGAAAUGCUGCAUUUCGACUUCUACGAGGAUCGGCUCGGCUCAGACGCCACGCUGAGAUUCUUCGAAACGGCUCACCGCGCCGAUCCCCUGGCGACGUUGUUCAUGAACGAGUUCAACGUGGUGGAGACUUGCAGCGACGGGAAGUCGACGGUGGACACGUAUGUGUCGCGGCUGAGGGAGCUGAAGCUCGGCGGGGUGUCGAUGGAUGGGAUCGGGCUACAGGGGCAUUUCGGGCAGCCGAAUCCGGUGCUGAUGAGGGGUAUUUUGGACAAAUUGGCGACUCUCCGGCUGCCCAUAUGGCUGACGGAAGUCGACAUUAGUAGCAGGUUUGGGAAUGAGACUCAGGCGGCGUAUUUGGAGGAGGUUUUGAGGGAGGGAUUUUCGCACCCCGGGGUGGACGGGAUAAUUCUUUGGGCGGCGCGGCGGCGGGGGCGGUGCUACCAGAUGUGCUUGACGGACGACGAGAUGGGGAAUUUGCCGGCGGGGGUGACGGUGGACAGGCUGCUGGAGGAGUGGGGGACGGGGGUGGUGGAGGGGAAGACGGACGAGCAUGGUGCUUUUAGUUUUGUAGGGUUUUUGGGGGAGUACAAGGUGGAGGUUAAGGUGAAGGGUGGUUAUGGCGGUGGGAGAGUUGGGGAUUUGAUUUCGACGGCGUUCUUGUCGCUGUCGCGGGGGAGGGAAACCAGAAGUUUCAAUGUUCAAUUGUAGAGAGGUGGGCUGGGCUGGUCUGGGCUUUUGAGUGGAAUGGGCCCAUAGAAUAAUGGGUUGAUGUAAUUGUGGGCUAUAAUAUAUAUAUAUAUAUAUAGAAGUAUUAUUUAUUUAUUUGUUUUAUGUUUUAUUGAAAAAUAAAGGCAGCAGAAUGAUGAGUGGGUGUCUGAUGGAGUAGCAAGUCAGUCACAUUCGUAACAUAGCACGCCCAAAUUAAUUCC